UCUGAUUUUAAUUAUUAUCUCUACUGUUCCCUAAUCAUUGAUCACUAUCGAACUCUAAUUAUGACUGCCUAUUGCCUUUAUAUAAAAGGUGCAUAAUCCUGAUGGCCUGAACAUUCAACCCUGAACUUUGUAUUUCAUUUGUUCAGAAAACAUGGAUUCCUCCAAAGCUAGUUGCCAUGCUCGUUCCACUAGUCUGCCAUCUGAAUCUCACCCUCUUGUCGCCUGUGUACAGGAUAAAUUGCGUAAAUUUAGAUCCUCAGAAGCAACAUCUUUGACAAAAUUGGAUGGUCUAAAGGGCUUAUAUGAGUCAGUAGAUGAUCUGCUUCAAAUCCCACUUGCACAAAGAGCUUUCUCGCACGAACAGAAUGUCAAGUCAGUACAGGAUAUCCUGGAUGGAUCUGUCAGGUUGUUGGAUAUUUGCAGCACCACCAAAGAAGUGCUUUCUCAGGUGAAAUGUUGUUUGCAAGACCUCGAGUCCUCGCUCCGUAGGAACAAUGGUUGUCAAUCCCGCCUAGAGAAUGAAAUCAAAAAAUAUAUGGUCUCUCGAGAGAAGGUCCAUAAAAUUGUUGAGAAGUGCCUCGGCAAUCUCAAGAAACUGCAGAAAUGCAACUUGGCAGUUAGGGACAAAGGUCCUGACCUUGAGGCCAUAGUUAGCAUUCUUAGAGAAGUUGAAGGGAUUAGUCUUGCUACUUUUGAGUCCUUCUUGUCGUCCAUUUGCCCACCAAAAGCACGAGCAAAGACGGCCUGCAGGUGGUCUCUGAUAACCAAGUUGAUUCAAUCUAAGCAUGUUCCUUACGAUGAGGAUAGCGAAAAAGAUGGGAAUCAAGUGGAGAAAGUGGAUGCUUCUCUGAUUGCUUUAAGCAAGCAAAAGUUUAGCGAAAACAUCCAUUUUAUCCAAGUGCAAAGAUUGCAAAAGGGUUUGGAGACAUUAAACUCAUCCAUUAAAGAAGUUGAAGAUGGAUUAGAUUCUGUUUUUAGAUGUUUGAUUAAAACCAGAGUCUCCAUUCUCAACAAUCUCAGUCACUAGUCCUGAUUAAAGGGUCAUCUCCCGAAUAGCAAUAGCAUCCCCAAUUUUUACAAGGGGCUUGAACAUUUUUGUAAAUUGAAAAGUAUCAAUAUACCUGAAAGCAAAUCUUCAUCUCA